UGGAAUAAACAUUUCGGGCACCACGGCCGUUUGGAGAAGUUUGUGCAAUGAAAAUUGUAACAUUUGUGUUAACAGUAGUUUCAACGGCCGUCGUUGUUAGGGCUGAAAUAUUCAACGAAGCAUGGCAGGCAAAGCAGAUUAUUCCUGUUGCUGCCAAACUGAUCGAUGAAAAUUAUGCGGAACGACUAACUGGAUUGAAAAAGAUUAUUGGCGGCCAUAAGGUGGAUGUUUCCAACUUCCCAUACCAGCUGUCGUUGAGAAGCUACGAAAAUCAUAUUUGUGGUGCUUCAGUAAUUUCCAUUUACUGGGCGCUUUCCGCAGCUCAUUGUGUUUCCCCUCAACGCGAUGUUCAAACCAUUACACUGCGUGCAGGAGCCAGCAACCGUCUGCAAGGUGGCAGAGUUCACAGCGUUUCUCGGAUUGAGCUGCACCCCAACUAUAAUCCCGCCACGUUCGAUUAUGAUGUGGCAGUGCUACAAGUCGUCACCCCUCUGGUUGGAGCAAACGUCCGAACGGUUAUGCUGGCGCCAGCAGGUUACGACCCGUAUCAUGGAAUCCGAAGUCUGGUGACUGGAUGGGGCAGAACGCUACUUGAUAACGGAUUGCCAACUGAGCUACACGCUGUCGAUAUUCCGAUAGUGUCCAGAAGCACAUGCGCCAGCUAUUGGAGCACCGAUCUGAUAACAGAGAGAAUGCUCUGUGCCGGUCAGGAGGGACGUGAUUCCUGUAAUGGAGAUAGUGGAGGACCGUUGGUUUCUGGUGGGCAACAAAUCGGUAUUGUGUCUUGGGGUUCAACGGAAUGCGGAGGCCCAUUACCAGCAGUUUAUACUCAUAUCGGACAUCCCUUAGUAAGAAGAUUCAUCAGAAUGACAACAGGAGUGUAAAGAUUUUGAAAAAUAAAUGUUUGUUUGUUUGGAUUACUUCACAAUCUGCGAUUUCUA